AUGAAAGAUGCAGAUAUUUUGAACCAGUAUGAAAUGAACAUGGCUGAUGGAAAUAUAACACCUGACGUUCUAGAACAUUUAUCUCAAAGAACUACACAGAACCAUAGAGAUGGUAUAUUUGGUGAAGAGUUUAGAAAGAGAGUUAGGGAGAGAGAAGGAAGAGAACCUAUUGUACAUGACCUUGCAAACGAAAGUUUGCAAAAUGUCAUAAAAACUUACUUUGCAAACAAUGAAUCGAGAAGGGAUGAAUAUUUAAGAAAACUCAAAUGGACAGUACCAAAUGAAAUGUUAGUAUUGAAAAACAUGUUCCUUGACAAAAUAAAACCAACUACAGAAAUAAAUGACGCAAGACUGGAACAUUGGGUAAAAGCUUUCCCAUUCACAAAAGAUAUUAUUGGUUACAUGGAAAGAAAACCAGAAUGGCUACAAAAACAUAUAUUUGGAAACGAGCUUAUUCCAUAUGGACAAGCUAUAUUUGAAGAGCUUGACCGGAAACUCAGGAAAGAGUCAUGCAAACAAUACGCGAAGACUCAAAUACAAACUAUGACAAAAAUCUUUCUAGGAUAUAGGUUACCUGAGAUGGGCGACCAGAGCCAAAGGCAAAAAGGACAUGGGAAAUUUACAACAUACUAG